AUGCACCGGCUCUGCUUGGCCUUGACCAUCCAGGCCUGGUAUGCCGCUGGCGAAGGUGAUACCUGCGCAGCCGGCGGCUGCACUGCAGCCGGUGCAGCUCCGCGGCAACACCACUGGCCUGUUCAGAAGGGCUCCGGCGAGCGAGUCGGCUUCUCCCCGCACGUGAUGCCCGAUAUCGCGAAGGGACCGAGCUGGUCUUGGCAGGAGACGUUCGGAGAUGUGGUCCGAGCCACUCCUCUCAUCGACGACCAGAAGAACAUCUACAUCACAUCCGUGGCCGGCAGAUCCUACAAGUUCAGCCCGAAGGGACAGCUACUGUGGAGCCACUACACCGACAGUAUGGGAGGCGUUCCAUCAGUGGCCACCCUGUGGGACUCGGUCAUGAUGCUGCUGACGAGGAAGGGAUUCCUUAUAGCCCUGGACCUCGAUACGGGCGUGGAAAGGUGGGCGAAGAAGGUCACCGAGCAGGUGGCUCAAGCUGCGGACUGCUCGCUGGUGACGCAUGGGCUCAUCAUCGUCUCGGUCGUGGAGCCCGUGCCGCUUGUGCCAACCUGGCAAGUGGAGAACAACCGCGUGCUAGCUCUGAGCGUGGAAGACGGAUCGCGGCAGGCAUCCUUCGCUCCCUAUCGUCCGACCUUCAACUUCCAGGCCUCAACGGUCCACGACGGCAGCUUCGUGUUUCAGGACCGAGCGGGGGGAGUCUACCGAGUCACCACAGGAUUGAAGCUCAUUUGGUAUGCCAGUGCGCCUGUGAGGGAAUCUGGCACAACUGCAGCAGCCGUGAUCCACGAUGGCCGUGUCUUCGCCAUGAGCAACACCGGCGACGCCUUGAGUGGUAAAGAGUCACUUGGGCUGCUGCACGUGUACGACUAUGCAGACGGCCAGUUUCUUUGGUCCCAGGACCUGCCCUACGAGGGCAACCAGGCGGUGGCCAUCGGCGAGCUGGCAGGUAGCCCCGGUAAGACCUCGCUGAUCCUCGGCAUGGGUAAGAACCCACAGCUGCCCAUCAUCGUGAGGGUCGGCUUCACCCUUCCGGCCUUCUUGAUCCCCUUCUUCUUGCCGUUCCACUUGCUGAGCCUCUACCUCCCUUCCCUCUUCGCGGGCAAGCAGGGGCGGUCGGUCACCGCCAUGGACGCUGCCACCGGUGCUGUCCUCUGGUAUCACGAGAUGGAGCCCUUCCAACUCCCUGCCGCACUGGGCGACUCCGAGAACGUCUUGGAACGCUUCCAGGCGAUGCAGAAUGGCUCCAACCCCAACAACGAACCAAUCUGUCUGCCCGAUGCCAACGCGCAGCCUGUCAUCGAUGGAGCUGGCACCGCCUUUGUCCCUUUCCAGGAUGGUGUGCUCUACGCCCUGCGAGAUGAGGAUGGCGACGGCCACAUCUCGGCAGGGGAGGUCAAGGCCCAUUUCGUCGGCUCGGCUUUCCAGGCCUCGCCGGGCAUGGCCCCCGGGCUUCUCGCCGCUCCGACCGACUUGGAAGUGAAGGACGGCUGCAAGAACAUGAGCAUGCCGUAUUGCCUGCUGAUGGUGGGCCUGAUGUGCAGCUUGCAGGUCAUCCGCAUCCUCUACCAGGGACUGGUACGACAAGGGACACUGAUUCCAGACCGGACCGUCACGACCCACCCCUUCUUCGACAAGUCGCAGGGUGUGGUGUACAACGCCAGGGGCUUUGUAGUGCUUAAGGUCAUGGUCUUAGCAGCAGUCUUGGCGUACUACACCUACAGCGCCCUGACAGCAGAGCCGCAGAGGGCGUCGGGCGCCAUGUGGGGCGGAGGAGCGAGCUACGGCGUGGUGGCCCAAAGACCCGGGACCUACAGCGGCGGGGCCACCAACUAUGGGGAUGUGCCCCGGCCAGGCCUGCUCCACGACCGUCAGCUCCCCGUGCGCCUAUCUUUGCCGGGACGGGGCAGCGUCUUGGCAGCUGAGACCUACGACAGCGACCCCGCGUGUGUGCACAUGCGGGCAAAAAACAUGCGAAUGGUGACCUCAGUGGCCGUGGCUCUAGAGGACCUUCGAAAGGCCAUCCAAGCAUACCAGGAAGCUCGGAAAGCCACUGGCGAACCGUCCAAAGCCAUCGACUCGUCUGGAGAAGCCUCGCAGGAACAGAAGAAACAGAUCCAGCAAAGGGAAAAGCUGGAAGAAGAGCUCCUGAAUCUCUUCGAAAAACUGGUGCCGGAGUCGAAGGGAGGGGCUUCGAAGCCGAAGAACGACCUGAGGGGCCUGCUGGAUCAGCUCGAGGAUGAUAGCUUGUUUGAGGACGAGACUGUUCUUUGCUUGGCGAUGCGCUCGACGCCUGCCGUCACAGCAAGGGUCUGGGAACGGACAGUGACAGCGACGCAGAAGCUCCGUGCCGAGGAGGAUGAGAUCCACACACAAGCCGUCGACAAGGCGAUCGACACGUCGAAUGCCACGCACGCCAUGGUGAUCUUCAUGGACAAGACGAGGCAUGAGCACUACCGACAUCUCAUACUCUUCGAUUGGGAGGCCAUCUGUGGGGCGUUUUGCUACAUGUUCGUGUCCCCGCUGUGCGGGACAUCGGAGACCUUGAAGAGGAUUUGCGACUUCCUGCUCUACCUCGACUCGGAGGCCUCCACGAAAGUGGAGCUCGAUGUGGAUACGGCCGAGGAGAUGAGGCAGAUGAACGCCAAGCUCCAACAGACGGCGGUCGCAAUGGUCGAGUAUCUCACCGACCACGUGCAGGAGGAGCUGUGGUAUAGCGAUGAGGGCAUCAACAUCUUGCAAGACCUCCAGUAUGCAGAUGCCCGUCUGUUUUUCGCUCGGCCGCGCCUGCAGCGGAUUCUGAGCGACAUGUGGCACCCACAUUAUGACCACAAUGCUGGAGAGUAUGUGUGGUACCUGCUGAAGCUCUGGACCGGCAUGGUCGUGGGCCUGGUGGGUCUGAUCCCUUGCGCCUUCUGCCCAAGCCUGGAGAGCAUCCUCUUCGACCGGAUGGUGGAUGAGGAAAGGAAUAUCAGGAAGGAGCACGCCGAGUCGAGCAUGCACAAGCCCGACGAGGGCACCUGGAGCGCGGUGAAGAGGCCCGACGCGAUCAACAAGCAGAAGCAGAAGGCGAUCACCCACCUGUGGCUUGAUCGCUAUCUGCCCAUCCUGCUGCCGCGGCAGAAGAAGUACCUCUUGCUCUUUUCGAACCUGAGCUUCGUUGUCUUCCUCGUGCUCUACAACCCGGACCACGGCGGCACAAUGAUCAUCCUUCUCCUGAGUGGAGGCGCUUUGUACGCCGAGACGAUGCAGCUCCUGUGCAGUGCCCAGGAUGUCCGCCGAAGCAUCCGCCUGUGGCUCUUGGACAGGGUCAACAUUGCGGAGUUCGCGGCGUUUCUGCUCAUUUCCACCAGCUGCAUCUUCCGCUACAUUCACGAGGCAGAGGAGACUGAGCCGAGACACGUACAAGCCUUGUGGGCAGAUGUCCUCGGUUUACGGACCCCUGGUGUCCAUGAUGGUGCAGAUGAUCGUUGA